AUGGCAUUGAGAACGACUGCUGUUUUGCGUAGCAGUUUGUCCAAAUGGGCAUACAACCUUUCUGGAUUUAACAAAUAUGGUCUUCUCCGAGACGACUGUCUCUACGAAAAUGAAGAUGUGCAAGAAGCUUUACGUCGCCUGCCUGACCAUGUUGUGGAUGAACGUAACUUCCGUUUAGUCCGCGCUACUCAGCUGUCCUUGCAGAAAAUAGUCUUGCCCAAAGAAGAAUGGACAAAGUAUGAAGAAGACAAGCUUUACCUCACCCCCAUCGUGGAACAAGUUAUAAAAGAAAGGAAGGAGCGUGAAAAAUGGGAGAAGGAAUAUUAA